AUGGAUUCUCAGUUCUACAAUUUUGAUUUUGAAAAUGGUCCUACUCCAGACACCUCAGAGACAAUACAAAUAUCCUCCCUUGCUCUUUUGAAAAUGAUGAAGCAUGGAAGAGCAGGCAUCCCUCUCGAAGUAAUGGGAUUGAUGCUUGGUGAGUUCGUAGACGACUAUAAUGUUAGGGUUGUCGAUGUAUUCGCUAUGCCCCAAUCUGGAACGGGAGUAACAGUGGAGGCAGUAGAUCCAGUGUUCCAGACCAAAAUGAUGGACAUUCUCAAAGUCACAGGACGACAGGAAACAGUUGUCGGAUGGUACCACUCGCAUCCAGGGUUUGGGUGCUGGCUCAGCUCAACGGAUGUCUCAACCCAGUCUGAGUUUGAGAAGAUAUGCAAGAGGGCGGUUGCUGUUGUUAUUGAUCCUGUCCAGAGCGUCAAGGGGAAGGUCGUGAUCGAUGCUUUUAGGAACAUCAACAACCUCGGCUUGAGUGAGCCAAGAAUCAACACAUCAAAUAUUGGCUUUUACAAGCAGCCGUCUUUCAUCUCGAUUGUGCACGGAUUAAACAAGAGCUACUACUCGUUCAAUAUAACCUUCAAGAAGAAUGAUCUUGAGCAGAAGAUGCUUUUGAAUAUGAACAGGAAAACCUGGGCGAGCAACUUGAAGAUGAGGCCGUCCGCAGACUGGAACAUUUCUGAGUUGAUUUCAAAAUAUGCAAAAAUGGUGAGAGAAGAGAAGGAUCUGAAAGGAGAGGAUCUCGAAAUGAGAAAAGUAGGCAAAGUUGACUAUAGGAAAAGAGUGGUUGAGAAAUCGAACCAGAUAAUCAAAGACGAAACAAUCAACAAUUUGCUGUACAACAUUCAUUAUUCUAUAUUCCAAUAA